CCGGCCAUUUGCGUGCCUCGCUCGCCGCACGCGAGUUACGUAUGUGCCCUGUCCCCGGGGCAAAACCGUUUCUCUUGGGCCACCAGGGGCAUUCCUGCGAGAGGAUCCGUUCCAGGGACCGCGGCCUACACUUGUUGCAAGGGCAGGUCCGAUGAAGGGAGAGGGGCCCUGUUCAAGGGGUACAGCCACCACCGCCCCCAACGAGGUGGCUUGCAUUUUCGAGGAUCCGUAAUUAAAUGGGCGUACUGCCACCGGCGUCAUUUGUCGUCGGCUCGUGGUCGUCGCGACCUUGAGACUGACAGCCAGAGCGCGUCUCCGCUCGGCGGUUCGUUUAAAAAGCCACCAACCGGCAUGGCUGAGAUCACUGCCGUCUCGCACAGCGACUCAGUUCGAGUCUCGAGAUUCCCCGCAGAGGCUAUAGCACAAUGAACAGGCUUGUGGUAGCUCUUUUUGCCGCGGUGGCGCUGGUCGUCGUCGACCAGGCCAACGCCGGCUACCUGCUCGGAGGCACCGGUGGUUACGGAGGCUUCGGUGGAUUCGGCGGAUCUGGCGGCUACCGUGGCUACGGAAGUGGUGGCUACGGCAGUGGUGGCUACGGAAGUGGUGGCUACGGAGGAGGCUAUGGUGGUGGUCUCGGUAGCUACGGCGGCGGCUACAGGGGAGGUUACGGCAGCGGUGGUUACGGCGGUGGUCUCGGAAGCUACGGUGGUGGUCUGGGAGGCUAUGGCGGUGGUCUCGGAGGAGGCUAUGGUGGCGGUCUUCGAGGAGGCUAUGGAGGUAGUGGUUAUGGAGGUUAUGGCACGAACUACGGAAGCGGUUACUCCAGCGGCUACGGAAGCAGCUACGGCAGCGGCUACGGAAGUGGCUUCGGCAGAGGUGGCUUCGGCGGUGGCAAGUUCGGAGGUGGCAAGUUCGGAGGAGGAAAAUUCGGUGGAUGGUGGUGAAGCAAGCACACUGCCAAAGAAUCGUGGAAGAAUCGGAAGCCUCAACGGUGUGAACGACACGAGUGAAGUGAACUAGUGCGAGUGGUUUGACCAAUAAAUGUAACUGUUUCUACUGCAUACGU